GUCUGCCUGCCGAUUUAAGAUAAUUGUAACUUUUCAUGGCGCGUUUACAUUAAGGACAGAAUUAUGAUUAAUUUAGUGUAACAAUUGUGAUAUUUGCAAUGCUCUAGUUUUCUUGUCAACUUUUGUCGAAUAUAUAAUACGAAAUAGUGGUGAACACGAGACACAUUUCGGACGUGUUUACCAUACUUAUAGGUUAUGUUAGUAUCUUCUCCACAUUUUACUAAUAAUAUAAAUUUAAAAUGAGUGACGGAGAUUCCAAUAGCAAUUGUCGAGUGAUAGCUGUGCCAUGGCCGUUUAAGAAGAGAAAAGUAGAGUGCGCUGGUGCAGCAUUCCUAAGAUACUACAGCAUAAAGUGCCACGGUGAGAAUGCUUUGUUUAGUACUUCGAGCUCCAAAGAGAAGACUGAAGAAGUCAUCUUCGACGACGACGUCGAGUACCUACGGAGCUUGGACCCUAAGGACUGGAAGAACCAGGACCACUAUGCUGUGCUAGGUAUGAAAAAUCUUCGUAACAGCGCUACUGAUGAAGAUAUUAAACGGGCGUACAGACAGAAAGUGUUAAAGCACCAUCCUGACAAGCGUAAAGGUUUAGGCGAAGAGAUUCGCAGUGAUGACGACUACUUUACUUGUAUUACUAAGGCCUAUGAAAUACUUGGGACUCCUGUAAAACGGAGGUCUUACGAUUCAGUUGAUCCUUUAGUUGAUGACUCAUUACCUUCAACGACAGAAAUUAAAAAGGAAGGAUUUUACAAGGCAUUUGGAAAGUAUUUUGAAAUUAACUCUCGUUGGUCUGAAAAGAGACAUGUGCCUUUGUUAGGUAAUGAAAACAGUCUACGGGAGCAAGUGGAGAAGUUUUAUGCUUUCUGGUACGAGUUUGACUCAUGGCGAGAGUUCUCGUAUUUAGAUGAAGAGGAGAAAGAGAGGGGAGCAGACAGAGAGGAGCGUAGAUGGAUAGAGAAGCAGAAUAAGGCGGCUAGAGCUAAGCUAAAAAAGGAGGAGAUGGCGAGAAUAAGGAGUUUAGUGGAUUUGGCGUAUGCAAAUGAUCCUAGGAUUCUGAGGUUCAAACAGGAGGACAAAGAUAAGAAGUUAGCUGCCAAACGUGCCAGACAAGAUGCCGUACAAGCUAAAAAAGCUGAAGAGGAGCGUCUCAUCAGAGAAGCACAAGCAGCAAAACAAAAAGCAGAGGAGGCUGAGAAAGCCAGAAUAGAAGCAGCCAGAGCAGAAAGAGAACAGAUGAAGAAAAAUCUUCGCAAAGAACGUAAAGCAUUUAGAGACCUGUGCAAAGCAAAUAACUAUUAUUCUGAGACUGAAGAUGAAUCUGUGGCCCACAUGGCUGCUGUAGAAAAGAUUUGUGAAAUGCUGAAAGUUGUAGAACUUCAGGAUUUUAUAAAGAAUUUGGAAUCGAAUGGUAGGAAUGCAUUUUUAAAAACAGUCAAAGAUACUGAAGAGAAGCUAGAGGCGGAACGGCGAGCUUUGUUUGAAACAAAAAAAGUAGAGGAACUGAAAGUGAAAAAGGACUCCGCAGUGCGUGCACCCAUAGAGUGGUCAGUGGAGCAGACUCAGCUGCUGAUAAAAGCUGUCAACUUGUUCCCUGCUGGCACCAAUCAAAGAUGGGAAGUUGUAGCCAAUUUCCUUAAUCAGCACAGCACAUUUACAGAUGACAAGCGGUUUGUUGCUAAAGAUGUUCUAAAUAAAGCAAAGGACUUGCAAAGUUCUGAUUUCUCAAAGAGCAGCCUCAAAAAGGCGGCCAAUGAGGAAGCAUUUGAUACCUUCGAGAAAGAAAAGAAGAAAGUCGUCAACAGUGUUGAUGAUAAUAGUAUAUCUAAAAGUGAUGGUGGAGCCAAAUUAGUUAAUGGCACAGCCAAACCAAAAGAGGAUGUAUCUAAACCUGAGCCUUCCAAAGAGGAGAGGCAGUGGACAAAAACAGAGCAGGAAUUACUAGAGCAAGCAAUUAAAACGUUCCCAGUUAGCACUCCUGAGAGAUGGGAUAAGAUAGCACAGUGUAUCCCUAAUCGUACCAAAAAAGACUGCAUGAAGAGAUACAAAGAGUUAGUGGAGUUAGUUAAAGCAAAGAAACAAGCCGCUAACCUAGCUAAAUAGCAUUCAAUUACAAAUUAGUUGUAUAACAAAUUGAGAAAUACAUAUUUUAUGGGAAAUAAGUGUUCCACAGUAAUUGUCGAGCUGGACCAUUGGAUACAAAAUACAUAUUUUGCAUGUUACAAAUAUAUUACCUUUAAACAUACUGCCUUAAAAACACUCGUAGAAUUUAUAUGCACUACGUACCAACAUGACUCCUAAUAUACCAUAAUUUAAGAAAAAUCUUUAAUGGGAUUUUAUACGAAAAACAAUGAUUUUGUCAUUUUUGUACCUUUAGGUGCACUAAUCUCACAAAAGAUUUAUUUAUUUGGAUUGUUCAGAAACAUCAGAAAUAGGUAAAAAAAUUAUUUAGUUUUAUUCAGUUUAAAAACAAAAAAAGUUUUAUGGAAAAAGUCGGAGGCUCAGUUAGCCCAGAAAUAUUCCUUAAUAAAAUAUAUUCUGCUCCAAACCAAAUGAAUAUAUAAUCUUAUAUUUUUAAUGUGGAGAGUCUUGAUAAAGUUUAAAACUUCAUCAAAUUGUAAAGUUACAUAUACCAUACUCCUCGCGCUAUAACUCGGUGCGGAUGAGAGCUAAUGUUUUACCACUUUUUAAAAAUUAAUGUAUAAUUGACCACAAUAAAUUAUUUUGUUGAUAGAAGCCAUUUUAAAUUAUUUUUUAUUGAUUUUUUUUUAAACUACUUUGUAUAUAUGCAGAGUGCGUUUGAUAAUUGGCGAUCUAGAAAUUGGUAAUCCGACGAAAUGUAAAUGAUAUGAAUAUUCUUGUGAACAUUACCACUCACAUACUUUGUAAGACUGUCUGGGUACCUCAGUCUCACCUAUUUCAGAUCUAAGUAAACUUGCUGUGUCGACAUAAUGCUAUAAGGCAGUAAGACAAGAUAAGACAUAACAUCUUAGUCCUCCGGGAUGAUGAUGGAGUGAUAUCACGGGCAUAUGAUAACAUGUAUUGCUGGCCAUGUAUGUAGGCGGUGGUUAUUUACUAUCAGAUUCAUUUUUGAUGUUUUUUAAUGGCAAACAAGAUGACGACUCCUCAUCUUGUUUGCGUUUAAAAAACAUCAAAAAAGAGAUAAGUAAUACAAAUAAUAGUAUCAACGACAAUAUGUAAUAUGUGUUAACAUGUUCAUAUACAUUCGGUAUACAUUUCUAAAAUGAGCACUGGCUGUAAAGUUUUCACUCUGUACAUAUAUCUAAUUCUCUGUGAUAAUACUGCCUUCAUUGAGAAUAAUGAAAAAUGUAUAAAUAAUACAUUUUGAUACAUCUGGCAUUUUGACGGCCUCGGUGGUCUAGCUGUUUAGCACACCGCCUUAUUUCCGAUGGUCGCGGAUUCGAUUCCACGCACGGCACAAAUGUAUUCAUGAGUAUAAUUGUUGGUGUCGGUCUGGGUGUUUUCUAUAUACAAUAUGUAUGUAUUUACAAAAAAUAUAUAUCU